AUGCUUCAUGGGAAGAAGUUGGCCAAGCAGGUGCUGCUGCCUUCUGUGCUGGAAGACGAUGACGCAGAAACAGAAAGUGGGAAGCCGCAGCUGGGGGAGCAAAGAAUGAGCCAGACAGAGGUUGAUAUGCGUGGGCCAAAAGACCAACACUCAAGCCCUGACAGGAACGUGCUAGACGAAGGCACAAGACAGGGUGAAGAAGGAGGGGAGGAAGAGGAGCUUGAAGUAGAGGACAGUCUGAGCUCUGAGGAUGAUUAUGAUACAGACUUGGAGCUCCAAGGUAAGAAGGAGGCGUACGAUCCGACGGGGCAGACAUGCUACGUGAAGGCGUGUAAAAUGUUCCAGGUGGUGCCUGUCUCUUAUUUCCUGAAGCAUAUGCAAAAUAGCGAGCUGGCUCUGAUGCAUCGUGGUCUGGGGCCUCAGGGCACCAAAGCACUGGCGGUUCCCCUGGUAACCAACACUUCAAUACUGCAGCUGAACCUACGAGAUAAUUGGAUGGAAGGAAUGGGUGGAGCUGCUAUAGCCGAGAUGUUAAAGGAAAAUUGCUACAUUACAGAGGUGGACCUGUCCAACAACAAUCUAGAGGAUUAUGGAGCCACAGCCAUAGCUGGUAUGCUUAAAGAGAACAGCACCCUGGUGAGCCUCAGUCUGUCAGGAAACCACUUCACAGACCGGUCCGCUGAACACCUCGGCCCAGCGCUGAUCACCAACACCAAGCUACAGCACCUCAACCUCAGCUACAACGCUCUGGGGGAGCGUGCAGGGGAACACCUGGGAGUUGCUCUGUCAGAGAACACAGGGCUGAGAUCAAUAAAUCUGGCCUGGAACUGCAUCCGAGGAAGAGGAGCAGCGAUGCUGGCCAACGGUCUUGGGGAAAAUGUUUUUCUUAGAGCGGUGGAUCUGUCAUAUAACGGCUUUGGGAAAGACGGAGCCGGUGCUUUAGGACAGGCUCUUAAAGAGAACAAUGUUUUGGAGGAGCUGAAUAUAAGUAACAACCGAAUACCCCCUGAAGGAGCCAUCCACCUCGCCAUGGGCCUCAGAGUAAACAAGACAAUCAAAUCCCUGAAUAUUGGUAGGAACCCCAUCCUGAAUGCUGGAUGUUAUGGGAUCCUUAAAUCUAUACGGGACAACCCGGAUUCAGCCCUGGAGGCUGUAGACUUUUCAGACAUCACAGUAAGCCAGGAUUUUGAAGACUUGUAUACAGCAGUGAAAGAAAUAUUCCCUGCGCUUAGAGUAAAUCAUGGGGGCCGCAUUGGCACAUUCAGCAAAGCAAAAGCUUGCAAAGUGUUACUGUAA